AUGGGGGCAAGCAUAUACAGAGAUAGGGCCAUGGGAUCGGGUUGGCUUUUGCCUCUCGCCGAGACAAGACAAGAUGCGGCAGCGGACCAUGAUUCUGAAAAGCGAAAAAUAAGAGACAUGAGUCUGUGGGAAAGUUUGACUAGGAGCCGGCCAACCAACCAAACCACCCACUGCUCUGAUGAAGCAGCAGAGGCAGCCCCGAUUCUGCCCCAUCGGAUCAAGGUGCGGUAUUGUGCUCUUCUCUUUGCUGGCUGGCUGGCUGGCUGGGCCACAAUUUGCAUGAAGGGAACCCUGGACGGGGGGAGGGGUGGCUUUUUUCCCCCUCGUUGUGCCUUUUUGCUUUGCUCUGGGUCUGUGUGUUUGGGGGGGGGAGGGGUCUCGCUCGCAUUCCCGACAUGCAGCAAGCAAGCAAAUGUAGUAUCUUUUGUCUCCGCGAUUGCGCGAAGAAUUGCUACCUAA